UUAAAUUUAAUAAAAAAAUUUGCAAAAUGACAUUAUUAAAGGUUUGCAAUAAACAAAAAGAAAUCAUACUCAAUACGCCAAACCGAAAUGAAAUUUUGAAAGAAGGUCCACCAAAAGAUGAUAAAUGUGAUAUUUUGGGCAGAGGAUCUUUCGGUACAGUAUUCAAAGCGAUAUUUCAAGCCAAAGAAGUUGCUGUGAAAGUUAUUAGGAAUUUAGAUGAUAUGAACUUACAAACUAUGAACAAUGAAGCUAAUAUUUUGGGCUGGAAUCACCCAAAUAUUGUACAGAUUUUAAAGAUAGAAUCAACUUGUAAUUUUGGUAUUGUAAUAAUGGAACGAUUUGCUGGACAGUGCUUACAAAUGGUGCUAGAUACCAUAGAACUGGAAUUAGUGCACAAAAUAUGGAUUACAUUGGAUAUAUUAGCGGCUUUGUCAUAUUGCCACUCACGCCAUAUACUGCAUUUAGAUGUUAAACCACAAAAUGUGUUAGUCGAUUAUAGCAGAAGUCUGGAAGCGACUUCAGAGCCUAUACAUAAAGGCUAUAUUUGUAAAUUAUGUGAUUUUGGUGCAUCAAUAAAUUACGAUCAACUAAAUUUAAAAAGCAAGUCAAAGGGUACUGUACGUUAUAUGUCGCCGGAAGCACUUUGUAAUGCCACGUUAACACCAUCCUCUGAUAUCUACUCCCUUGGUAUAACAAUGUGGCAAUUGCAUCAUAGACAUUUACCCUAUGAUUGGAUCGAGCAUAAUGAAGUUGUUGCUUAUUUAGUGGUAAAAACUAACCUACGUCCCGAUAAUAGAAAAAGUCUUUCUCUAGUAAAAUCUAACACAAAUAUUAAAAAACAUUUAAAUUGUUAUUGCAAUACUUACUCAGUUGAUGUAUCUAAAAAUUCAGUACUGAAUAUAAAAAAUUUUUCAACGAAUUCAGAAAAUGUGUAUUCAAGCAAGGAAAAUUAUUAUAAAAACACAGAAAUACUCAAAAGUCAUAGGAAGUAUAGAACGCCAUUUCAUAAUUUAUGGCGAAAGGGCACUAAUCUUUUUUCAAAAUAUUGUUUAUAUGAAAAACAAAAUACCAGAGAAGAGAAAGCAAAUGAUUUCAAUUUAGAUAUUAUUUUUGGUAAAGGAUUUUUUGCGAAAAAUCCGAAAAAAGAAAUCUUGUUUGAGAACAUUUAUAGUUGCUGUUGGAAUAGUGAGCCACAUUGUAGACCAACGGCAGUAGAUUUAGAAAAAAGCUUAAAAGAGUUGUUAAAUUAAAUUUG